GAACAAAUUUGGAAAGAAAAUUGUGAUACUCGAUACUUUUUCGCGCUGUUCUUUUCAAACUAGCCCCAUGGUAAGGUGUCCAUCAGACCAUGGUCCUCAAUUCUCAUAAAAGGGUCAUGCUGCCGUAUUACUAGGACUCCUGGUUUAUGGCUAGCUGUAUUGGCCCCAGGGCAUUGAUCAGCGACUCGCCUCUAAUGCACCCUUUAACCCCCUAAUCACAGAGAGCUUGUUUUUGUGACAGAGCCCUAAACCAAUGGUAAAAGCCGGCUGAAGCCUGCGAGGAUGCGUGUGUACGGGAGAUCACGUGUGUACACACAGUUUAGCAGCAGCGGGAGUUAAGGUUCAGUCUCUGUCAGCACUCUUGUUGUGGGCUGUGUUAUUGUGUAACUUCCAGGCAUACGAACAAAAAAAAAAAAAGCAUUGACAUUCUCAAUAAUGUUCCUGGCACUUCAGCUGCACGCGGCACGUUCUCCGAGCAGUAAAUGUAAGGUCAGCUGGUGAGCAGCUACAACGCAUCGCCUCAGUGCCACUAUGUGGAGUUGUGAAGAUCUGAAUUACACCGACAAUAUCGAAGAGCAGCAUUUGUGCCAUGAUUUCCACCUUAUACUCUUCGUCUUCUCUCUUCUCUACCUCAUCGUUUGCUUCCCAACCGGCCUUUGCUACAACGUGCAGCUGGUGUUGGUCAACCUCUACAACAAAGCAACAAUGACUAUGCCAGAUGUAUACUUUGUCAACAUGGCCAUCGCUGGACUCAUCAUCAACGCGGUAGCCCCGGUCUACCUUUUAGGACCAGACUACACACGGUGGUCCCUGUGGAACUUUGGAAAUGAAGUUUACAUCACUUUGCUAAUCCUCUUCAAUGUGUCCUCUUUGGUGAUCAUGUAUUCGACUACCUUGCUCAGCCUGGACUACUACAUUGAAUGUGCUCUACCGAGAACAUACAUGUCAAGCGUCUACAAUACGAAACACGUGUGUGGAUUUAUAUGGGGAGGAGCUGUGCUGACCAGUUUUUCAUCUCUCCUUUUCUACAUUUGUAAUCACGUCUCCACCAAAAUCAUUGAGUGUUCUAAGAUGCAGAACAGGGAGGCAGCCGAUGCCAUCAUGGUCUUUAUUGGAUACGUGGUGCCGGUUCUUGCUGUGGUUUAUGCUAUGGUGCUUAUCUUGAAGAUACGGAAAGAAGGAACACCGCUUGACCAAGACUCUGGGAGAUUAGACCCAUCAGUGCACCGGCUUUUAAUUGUAACUGUGUGCACGCAGUUUCUACUAUGGACGCCAUACUACAUCACCCUGCUGGUGAACACUUUCGCGGAUGUUUGGGUGAAGUCAACGGACUUAAAGUACAUGAGGAUUUUCCAAUUUAUUGAAGGUUUAUCCAACUUUUUGGCUUUCUCAAGCAGCUUUGUCAUACCCUUAUUACACAGGCACAUCAACAAAAACUUUCACAGCAAAUUGCAGAGGCUGCUUAAAAAAUUGCACUGUGGUAACCAAGGGUGUCCCCACGAACGUACCGCAGUUCAACAGGUGUUGACUUGACAGACGUAAGGA